GGUUUGGCUCAUAUAUAGAGCCUUUCCAAAGGAGCUGCAGGAGACACACUCUGAACUCUGUCUUUACUUCAGCUGUAGUAUCUACUCCGUACUCUUUAACCCAAACAUGGACAGGAACUAUUACAACCUAAACAUGGACAGCGAUUUUGGUUGGAGCAGAAAUAAUGAGGAUAUGAGGAUAGUGAUGGUGGGGAAGACAGGAGUUGGGAAGAGUGCCACUGGAAACACCAUUCUGGGACGACAGUGCUUUGAAUCAAAGUUCAGUGCAAAGUCUAUGACUGUAGACUGUUCCAAGGACAAAGUUGUGGUGGAUGGGCAACAGGUGGCUGUUAUCGACACCCCAGGCCUGUUUGACACCAGGUUUGGCAAGGAUAAAACAACUAAAGAUAUAUGCCAGUGCUUGUCUUAUGCUGCUCCUGGACCCCAUGUGUUCCUGGUGGUCAUCCGGCUGGGCAGAUACACCGACGAGGAAAAGCAGACAGUGCAAAGGAUUCAAGAAAUCUUUGGACAGGCUGCAGACAGAUACAGCAUGGUUCUCUUUACUCAUGGGGACCAACUUGACACAACUAUUGAAGACUUCUUGAAGGAUUCCUCAGACCUGCAAGAACUCGUGGCCAGAUGUAAUGGCCAGUACCAUGUCUUCAAUAAUAAGCUGAAGGAUCGCUCUCAGGUCACUGAGCUGCUCCAGAAGAUCAGAAAUUUAAACCAGAAGAACGGAGGAAGCCACUACACAAACGAGAUGUUCCAAGAGGCCGAGAGGGCAGUCGAAGAGGAGAAACAACGCAUCCUGAAAGAGAAAGAAGAGCAAAUAUGCAAAGAAAAAGAGGAAUUGGAUAGAAAACUUCAGGAAAAAUAUGAAGAAGAGAUGAAGAAAAUGAAUGAACAACUUCAGGCUGAGAGAGAGAGGGAGAGGAAAGAGAGAGAGGAGGAGAGGGAGAGGGAGAGGCAGGAAAUGAAUGAGGAGAGAAAGAGGGAGGAGGAGGGAGAAUUAGAGAGGAAAGACAGAGAAGAGAAAGAAAGGCAGAAUGCAAACCUGAUGAAUAAAAUGAAGGAACAGCAUGAGAAAGAACUGAGAGAGGAAAAAGAAAAGUUGCAGAACAGACAUGAACAUCUGGCCAGAGAGGAAGCUGAAAGGUUUAAUCCAUUGUAUCCUCUGAUAGUUGCUGGUGAAGCAAUAGUUGAUGCAGGCAAGAUGGUAGUUGGAGCAAUUACAUCUUUUGGAAAAAUAAUUGAGGGAUUGUUCAAAUAGUGAGUGAUUCAGGCAGCACAACUACAGAGGAACCCUCUAGAAGCUCCUACACAAGAAUAUAUGAAACAAUAAUUUCAUCCACAGAACUAAAAUCACUAUUUACUAUUUUAUUAUCUGAGUGAA